AUGGUUCUAGGGUGUGGAGGAACCACACAGGUGGACAUGAUGGUUCUACGGGGUGGAGGAACCACACAGGUGGACAUGAUGGUUCUAGGGGGUGGAGGAACCACACAGGUGGACAUGAUGGUUCUAGGGUGUGGAGGAACCAGACAGGUGGACAUGAUGGUUCUAGGGUGUGGAGGAACCACACAGGUGGACAUGAUGGUUCUAGGGGGUGGAGGAACCACACAGGUGGACAUGAUGGUUCUAGGGUGUGGAGGAACCACACAGGUGGACAUGAUGGUUCUAGGGGGUGGAGGAACCACACAGGUGGACAUGAUGGUUCUAGGGGGUGGAGGAACCACACAGGUGGACAUGAUGGUUCUAGGGUGUGGAGGAACCACACAGGUGGACAUGAUGGUUCUAGGGGGUGGAGGCGAGUCCUGCACUCAUCCCAAUGCCAGCAAGCUGCCCUUGAAGGACGCCUUCACCUUCGACGACUACAGGUGGGCCGUUUCCUCGGUGAUGACCCGACAAAACCAGAUCCCCACGGAGGAUGGCAGUCGGGUCACCUUGGCUCUGAUCCCGCUCUGGGACAUGUGCAACCACACCAACGGCCUGAUUACCACUGGUUACAAUCUAGAGGAUGACCGCUGUGAGUGUGUUGCCCUGCAAGAUUACAAAGAGAACCAACAGAUCUACAUCUUCUACGGAACGCGCUCCAACGCAGAGUUUGUCAUCCAUAACGGCUUCUUCUUCGAGGACAACGCCCACGACAGGGUGAAGAUCAAGCUGGGCGUCAGCAAGAGCGAGCGGCUUUACGCCAUGAAGGCCGAGGUGCUGGCCAGGGCCGGCAUUCCCUCGUCCAGCAUCUUUGCCCUGCACUGCAGCGACCCCCCCAUCUCCGCUCAGCUCCUGGCCUUCCUGCGUGUCUUCUGCAUGACUGAAGAGGAGCUGAAGGACUAUCUGGUGGGUGAGCAUGCCAUCAAUAAGAUCUUCACACUGGGCAACACGGAGUUCCCUGUCAGCUGGGACAACGAGAUCAAGCUGUGGACCUUCCUGGAGACCCGCGCCUCUCUGUUGCUCAAGACCUACAAAACCACCUCUGAGGAGGACCGCACCAUGCUGGAGAAGCCAGACCUGUCUCUGCACUCUCGCACGGCCAUCAAGCUGCGCCUGGCGGAGAAGGAGAUCCUGGAGCGGGCGGCGUCCAGCGGGCGGGCCAAGCGGCUGCACUUCCAGCAGCAGCUGGACGAGGGCGCUGCGCUGCCCCUCUACGAGGAGAGCGACAUCGCCCUGCUGGAGAAUGCCGACGCCAAGCUGCCCAUCAUCCUCCGCAAGCUUGAGGAGGAGGAGGAGGAUGAUGAUGAGGAGAGGAGCGCAGAAAAGGAGCUCAAGAUGGCGCAGGGAGAUGCAAUAGGGGUGCCACUCCUCAACGGCGAGCGCAAGCCGACUGUGGGCCCAGACCCCAUGUCACAGCUGGAGGAGAAGGAAAAGGGGGAGAAGGGAGAGCUGGAGGAGAAGGAGAAGGGAGAGCUGGAGGAGAAGGAGAAGGGAGAGCUGGAGGAGAAGGAGGAGAAGGAGAAGGACAUCAAGAGCUUUUAG